ACAUUGCACUGCAUGCGUGCGCGCCCAAAUGAAAUGUCCCGGAUUGAAAAUGGCGACAAUGCAGCUGUGGUCCGGUCUAUAGAUUCCAGUGCGGCAGUGGAAAAGCCAAAGAGGUGUGCAAGCAGGAACAAGGAGCAUCAUUCGUCAACUCGCUGUUUUGUAAUGUUUCCGGUGAUUCCAGUCUUAUAUUCUUGCAUUGAUGGUGAUGUAUGCAAGUAAACAUCCAAGGCUCAGUGAUGGGUUCCAUGAAAGGAAUGAUGCCCAUCUUUUCCAGCAGGGUGUUGAGAACCACUCAAACAAUCUUGAUAUCACUGAGGUGGCACUGGAAAGGGAGAGAAAGAAACCUGUGCCUUCAUCAUCGGCUACUGGAAGCCAUAUAUCAACCAAUCAAAACACUGACGGCCAUCCAGCAUCUACUCAAAACAGUCCUAGGAACGUCAUCAGUAAAAACAUGUACUUGCAGCGACAGAAAGAUAAAGGCAAACCAGAUGAUGCUGCUGUCAAUUCAGCCAACUCUACUCAAAAUACAGAGAACAAGACGGCAAAUCAUCAAUUCCAUACUCCUCCAAAUUCACACCAUUCAGCUGACCAUGAACGGCAUAUCAAAACAAUUUUGGAAAAGGCCAAAGAGUGGUCUGAACACAAGAGUUCAUCAGGAAAGAAGUAUUACUACAACUGUAGAACAGAAGUGUCACAAUGGGAAAAGCCAAAGGAAUGGGUUGAGAGAGAAAAGCUUCAACGAGUCGUCGGUACAGGAAAAUUGGGUGCCAGUGAUUCACCUCACCAACCAUCAACUACCCCUACUGCGUCCUCUAAAGCUUUACCAAAUGACAAGCAUUCCAGCGAUUGCAAGCCUGAUGAAAUUGAGCGAGAAGCUCGCACCUCAGAUAAAGCUGAGAAACAAGCUGACAAUCACUUGCAGGAUAGAAAAUCUAACAUCAGCCAGACAAAGGGCAAACCUCAGCUUCACAGUCCACAUGCUAAGCCGGCCUCUUCACAUUCUUCGUCAUCCAGUACCAAUACAGGUUACUCAACCAGCCAAUCACAGCAAGCUAAAUCUACUAGCAGCCAAUCAACUUCAUUGUCAUCCUCGUCUCACUCUAGUCAACGUGUAGAACAGGGUCAUGAAUAUCAACCCAAAUCAACGGGCCAUCCCCAAUCGUCUAUAUCCAGGCCACCUAACACAGAAAAGACUCAGAAUGAUUAUAAUGAGCAUUCAAAAAGGGAUAUGCAGGCAGGCAAUUUAAGGAUGCCAGUGUCACUAGCGACUGAUAUGUAUGGAAGGCUAAAAAAUCUUGUAGCUGCUUCACAUCCUCCCAAAGGGUCUGAUAACGAUUCACCUCGGGUACGAAGCACACCGUCUCCUGCAGACACUCAAUCACCAGUCACUCCUAGGUUCCAUGGUAAACCUUUCCCAUCAAAGUCACCUUCAACAGAUAGAGAUAGGCACUCGCAUCAAAAUGAAAGGAAUGAUGAACUUACAGAAAGGUUAUCAAGCCAGUCGCCAAUGUCUGUAGCCUCGCAGUCACCUUCUCCGUCCCACCCUUCCUUUAGGCUGCAGCACACAACACCAGGGACAUCAAGAACUCACCAGGACAGUAAAGGAACAGCAGAUAGCUCGUCUCAUGGGUCAUCUGUUGAGGAUAGGUAUAGGAAAAACCACCACUCAAGUAGAAGCGGAACGUCAAAUCAUACACCAACAUCCUCAUCUGUUUCAAGUAGUGGAAAGAACUCCUCAUCACAUUGUAGGGACAGAGAAUGUGACAGAUAUAGGGAGAAGGAAAGGAAUAGGGAUAUUGACAGUGAAAGGGAAAGGCAACGGGAUUCGGAGCAAAGGUACGACCGAGAGAGGGACAAGGAGCGUGACCGAGAAAGGGAUAAGGGGCGUGAUCGCGAAAGGGAGAGGGAACGCGAAAGGGAUAAGGAACGCGACCGAGAAAGGGAUAGAGAACGCGACAGAGAUCAUGAUAGAGAUAGAGAAUGGAGCAGAGAUAGGGAUAAGGAUAGGAGAAAUGAAAAGGAAAGGGAAAGUGAUCGAGAAAGGGAGAGGAAUAAAGACAAUAAAUAUGACAAGGAAAGAGACAGGACUCAAAAUAAAAAGGAGAAUGAAAUUGUAGAUAAUGACAUUGAAAUGGAGGAUGAAGAUGAAAGAACAAUGGAUUCAGAACCAUCUCAUAAUGGUGACAAGUCAAAGGAGACACACCGUUCUGGAAACAACAAGCCUCUUGUAACAGAGAACAGUUCUGAAAGUGAUAAACACGUUAAAGAAUCUGAUGAUAAACAUGAUGACAAGUCGGCUUCGGACACCAAAGAGAAGACAGGCAGUCCAACAACAUCAUCAAGUAGAGAAACCAAUGGCGAGGAGUUGGAUAAGAAGUCAUCUGUUCCUGAGAAGAGCUCUGACAACAUUGACUCCUCCAACAAAAAGGUCCCCUCAGAAUCCAGUGCUGCAGAAAAUAUUCCAACCCAAAUGCAGCUAUCUACUUCCCUCACUUCCUAUGUCACUGAAGAAUUGACUAAACAUAUCACAGGAUGGGCAUCUGAAUUUGGAGAGAAACAGGCUGCCAAAGCAAGUGAUGAAAUCCAUGUACUUGGAGCUGAAAGCACAACACAGCUAUCAGUAGAUCUCAAGUUUGCUCGUUCGUUAGUGAGAGUAUCAGAAAUUCAGGCCAACCUACAAGAAGAAAGAGUAUUAUUUCUUCGCAAACAAGUUCUAGAAUUAGAGAAACUGAAGAAUGAGAAUGCCUUCAUGACAUAACAGCAAGAUGGUAGUAGAAUUAAAUCAGUUUUACAAAAUGUAUACACUAUAUUUUCAUUACACUGAAUAUUCAAAUAUGUGGCAUAUUAAGCUUUAUAGCCAAAACGUAUGCUGGAUGUCCCUUGGUAUGUUUUCCCCUCAUUUUUCAAAAGCAACAUUGAUUAUCUUUUUUUUGCAGUUUCCUUUCUUCAUAUAUCUUUCUUUCUCUAUAUUAUUCUUUAUGUCUUUCUCUUUUCUUUCUCCAUUUUCUUCUUUCUUUCUUUCUGUUUCUUCCACCCCUUUUCUAUUUCCCUCAGCUUCUUUUUUCCUUCCCUCUGUCUUCUUCCUAUAUUCUUUCCCCUCUCCCAUCUGUUUUUGUUCAACUAUCAUAUUUUGUGUAUUCCAUGAGGUGACAUUUUUUUUUUCAGUGUAAUUUCUUUUGAUAUUAUUUUUUGUUGAACAUGAAACACAGAUGAAAAAAGUGCAGUUUAAUUUUCAAGAAGGAUUAGACAUGUAAGAGUACUUGUCCUAUAUUGUGUUAUUUUGUAUAUGGAAUUGGAAUAGUCAGUUUAUAAGGCUUGUUUAACACAGUGCUGCAAAGCUCAGUGCCAUUUUGUGUAGAAAUUUAAAGGAAUAUGAGGUGCAGAAAUAAUACUGCUGAGGAAAAGACAUUUACACAAGGUGACAAACUGUAUACUUUUAAUAAAGUUCUUCAAAUAGCUAAGUACACCGACUAGAUCAUUCUGACUCAGGAGGACAUGAUGAAAUCAUUAUGAUGUCAUGAAAUUGUCCACUUUGGGCCUUUUUAGACUGGCAGCAUAGGGCUUUAACGUGCAUUUAUUAACAUGACUAUCCACUAUAUCUGACUACUGAUGAGAAAAAUGUCGCUGAGCUUUGUUGCUCCAUAUUUAAAUUAGGUUAUAUGGAUGACACAUCGUCAAGAAGGGUUUGAAUGAUACUUGAGCCCUCACCUCAUCACCCCUCUGCCAGCCAGAGACAAGGGUCUUGUUUCUCAUAACAAAACAGUCAUGCUAAGUGUUUAUGAUAAAUUGUUUUAUGAAACAGGGGCUGAGUAUAGUGUCCUUUCCUGUAAGCAUUGGAUAAUUACCAGUUUAUCAAUGUAUUCAUUAGAUACUCAAAAUGAUACAGAUAUAUUUAAAUCUGAAUCAUAAAUCCACUUCAAAUUGUGUUUCAUGGAACUAUUUUGCCUUCAUAUUUUAUGUGUGUUUUUUUUAAAUUUCUUUCAUGUAUGUGUAAAUUUUGAUAACCCAUUGUAAAUGCAAACUGCAACUAGAUUAGAGUGAAUGCAGAUUCGGAACAAUUCCUUGUUAUUGACCUGUCACUUACUUAAUGCUAGGGCAUAGACAGCUUUUCUUUAGAAUUCACAUGCACAUGUAUUAAAUACCUGGGAAGACAAUGGGGGACUUUAAGUAUGGUAAUAGGUGUUGAUAUUAAGAUUGUGUCUUGCCUGCUUCAGUGCACUUUAAAGCCUAUUAGUACAUGUACUUCGUGUUUAGAAUUAUACAAGUUGCAUUAUGAUUUUUUUUUUGGGGGGGGGGGGCGAGGGCCAUAUCUGAUGCAUAUUAUUUGAUAUUAGAUCAACUAGAAUUUCUCUCAUAUUCCAUAAAAAUUCAUGAUGUUAUUCGUUUAAAUUCUGAAUUGUGCCGAAUGCAUGAAAAUUAGAAUAAUGCACAUAGUCUACAAGAAAAGUAAGCCGAGUCAUUUUUUGGUCUCACCUGCAUAGCAGAGUGAGACUAUGGCGCCGCUUUUCUGACGGCAGCGGCGGCGUCAACACCAAAUCUUAACCGAAGGUUAAGUUUUUGAAAUGACAUCAUAACUUAGAAAGUAUAUGGACCUAGUUCAUGAAACUCGGACAUAAGCUUGAUCAAAUAUUACUGAACAUCCUGCCGGAGUUUCAGGUCACAUGACCAAGGUCAAAGGUCAUUGGGGUCAAUGAACUUAGACCAUGUUGGGGAAAUCAACAUCAAAAUCUUAACCGAAGGUUAACCGAAGGUUAAGUUUUUGAAAUGACAUAACUUAAAAAGUAUAUGGACAUAGUUCAUGAAACUUGGACACAAGGUUAAUCAAGUAUUACUGAACAUCCUGCCAGAGUUUCAAGUCACAUGACCAAGGUCAAAGGUCAUUUAGGGUCAAGGAACUUUGGCCAAGUUGGGGGUAUCUGUUGAAUUACCAUCAUAACUUUGAAAGUUUAUGGAUCUGAUUCAUGAAACAUGGACAUAAGAGUAAUCAAAUAUCACUGAACAUCCUGUGCGAAUAUCAGGUCACAUGACCAAGGUCAAAGGUCAUUUAAAGUCAAUGAACUUUGGCCAUGGUGGGAGUAUUUGUUGAAUUAACAACAUAACUCUGUAAGUUUAUUGGUUUAGUUUAGAACUGGACAUAAGAGUAAUCAAGUAUCACUGAACAUCCUGUGUGAAUUUCAGGUCACAUGACUUAGGUCAAAGGUCAAUGGACUUUGGCCAUGUUGGGGGUAUUUGUUAUAUAACCUUCAUAACUCUGAAAGUGUAUGGAUCUAUUUCAUAAAACUUGGACAUAAGAGUAAUCAAGUAUCACUGAACAUCUCAAUCUCAUGCGAGUUUCAGGUCACAUGACCAAAACCAAAAGUUAUCUAAGGCCUUGGAACUUUAGCCAUUUUGGAGGUAAUUAUUAGAUUGCUGUCAUAACUUUCAAAUUUUAAAGAUAUAGUUUAUAAAAUGUGGAUAUAGGGGUAAUCAAGUAUCACUGACAAGUCUUAGGUCGCAUGAUCAAGGUCAAAUGUCAUUUAUUGUCAAUGAACGUAGUAUUUUAUUAUUGUAUGAAUGGUGUUUUUUGUAAUAAUUAUGUUAUAGUAGUUUUCAAAGUCAGCGCUGCUGCUAUAUUGAAUCGUGCGAUGCAGGUGAGACAGCCAGAGGCACUCCACUUGUUUUAUUUCUAAAGCAAUAGUGCCCAUGUCUGUGCACUUUAAUAUUCACUUUACACACACUUCAGGGUUUUCUAUGAGGAUGACUGAUUGUAAGGUCUGUGCAUUAAAUGGUGAAAUUGAUCAGAUUUCAUGAUUCGGGAUCAGAUUUCUAAUGGGUAUCUGUAUGGAAAAGAAAGUGUGCAUUCAUUGCAUGUCUUUGAUUAGAAUGGUGUAGAUGUGUGUAUGCACAGACAAGGGGGGGGGGGGCUGCUCAGACUUGGGGCACCUUACAAUGCUUCAAAACAAGACUGACAUUAACUUCAGAACAGUAAAAGAUGUGCCUUUGUCUGAAGCAUCUUGAAGAUGAUACAGAAAAGGGUGGUGCACCAUUGCGAUGAAAUAUUAUCGUAUGUCACAUGAAACAUCUCGGGUUAGGUUCUACCCCAAUCUCUCUAAGGAUAUUCUCUUGAUCCCUGAUAUUACUACAGCCAACUCUUGAGUCAGAAAGUCAUUGUUGACACUUGGAGACCGUGUUGUUAAUGUACAUUACUAUUGUCACACUUGAUGAUAGUGUCAAGAGUAGUUCCCAACUGUCAAGCAUACAAAACAUAAAAUUUGACAACAAGAAUGCCAAUUUUCCCUGGGGAUUAGUUUUUGGCCCAAAUUUGAAAAGUAUAUUGAUCGAUUUUCGCUGUUUUAGACAAAGGUGUUAUAAAAUCCAGUCAUUGAUUUUUUUUUCUUCAAAUGAAAAUGUUUUGUCCUUAUCAUAUAAAGAGUGUAUGCUUUUGUUUUUCUGCAUUAUAGAGGAAACGUUUUGGUGCCUUUUAAAGAGCAGUUGCUUGUGUGGGCCUUCUGUUAAACAUUCUAAAGUAUUCUAGUCAAAUUCUUGAGACAUUUUCCCGUUGCCAUAGUUAUAGACAGAAAGGCAAGUGUAAUGUGUUACUUUUUUGGAUUCAGCUGGUUUUUUAUUGUGAUUAUUGAAUUAUUUGAAGAAAAGAAUGUUAAUUGAUGUUGAAUUUUAAAGGCAGUUGAAUAUUAUUAUUACUUACACUUGGUAAGAUUAUUUCAUUCUACCAAAAAAAAUAGAUCCGGUUUUAUUCUUUCUUGGGAUUUACUGCAUGCUGAAAAAUGAGGGUUUUUUUUUUUGGGGGGGGGAUAAACUUUAAGUAAGGGGGGGUUCCAGUUUUUCAGAAAUGUCAUGUAUGAGACGCAUCCUGUCAUGAUUUUGGAAGAGCUUUUUAGAUCAGUAGUAACAGUAAUUCUACUUCUUAGUGCAGGGAAAUCAUUCCCAAACUAGGUUUUUAAAAAUACUUUGAAUAAGAUUUAUAAUGGUAGGGAAGAUGGAAUUCGACAAUAUCUUUCAAUUUGUUUUAUUUUUUAGAACCCUUUUUAUUUGUGCAAGUUUUGUUCCAACAUAUACAAUACAGCAAACAUUGGUGAAUGAUUUUUUUUUUAAUAACUACAACGCAGUGUAGAAAGAAGCAUUUGAAUACAUUUUCCAGACUGUAUUAAAAAACUAGCACAGUACAUUGUGUUAAGAAUGUGCAUUGUUCCUGCUCUGCCGUUUUCAAUAAGCUAAUAUAAAUCAUAGAGCUCUAUUAAGAAAAACAUAUUCUUCUCAGUAAAGUUCUCCCAUUUCUGUGAGUUUCAUAUUCUUUGAAUAAACCAGUUUUGAAAAUGUCAAAUACUAUGCUGGUUCUUGUGUAAGUUGUUUUCAUGCAGGCACAACACAUUUUAGUUUGUCUUGUACUCAUUUUGUUUUCUUCAUGUAUACAUGUUUACAUUUUCGUUCUUUUGGGGUAGAUAUUUCAGAGAUAAGGUCAUUUCAUUUUUUGUUUUGGUUAGAUAUUUGAAAUCAAUUUCUAAGUGAAACUGCAGGAAUGAUUUAAUGUGAUUAGCUUCUAGAGAUGAAUAGCCCUGUCACGUACUACACUCUGUCUGAAAAACGAGUAUUUAAGUAUAUUUGACUUUUUUAUAUUCUUGAUCUGAUGAAUAGAUGUAUUUAGGAGUUGACAGACGGUUUUGUCCGUUUAAACGUUGAACAUGUUAAAAUUGAAUUUGUGGUUUAACAAUAUCUAAUUAAAAUUGUGAAAUGGAGGCAGAAGGGAUUGAUAGAUAGCAGUAUGUGACAGGGCCUAUGUCAUGAAAUUGUCUUUACAUGUGUAGAGCACAUUAUAUACUGCACUGAUGGCAGUGAGUGGUUUACCAUCAUGUAAUUCUUGAAUAUUAGGUAUUAUGUUAUGACUUUUUUUCUCUGUGUACAAAAAAUGUCAAAAUGGGGCUAUAGUAUUUUACAUCCAUGAUUCGCUGCCCCCUAAAUUAUCUAUUCAUACAAUGGCAGAAGAGGGGGAGGUUUAUUUUGUCAAGUGUUAUUGUUUCUUUAUCACUUCCGAUAAAGAUCAUAUUGUGAGAGAUUAAAAAAUGUAUGCAAUGCAAUCACAAU